UCAAGCUUUGGUCCACAAAUCAAAAUAAUUCGAUAUGUACGAUAGAGAAAAAGGCAAACAUCAAUCCAGAUGUAAGCCAUUGUAUGGCAUUUGGAAGUGCAGAUCAUCACAUCCAUUAUCACGAUCUUCGACAACCAAGAGAUCCGUAUUUAUCUAUAGAGGGCAUAGAAAGGCCGUUUCCUACUUCGACGGAUAGUAGUCUCCGACUCUGGGAUGCUAACAAACAAGCGUGCAUUCGCACUUAUACUGGCCAUACUAACGAGAAAAACUUUGUGGGUCUGACUACGUCUGCCGAUUGGAUUUCGUGCGGUAGUGAAGAUAAUGCUGUCUAUACGUAUUACAAGAGCUUGUCACAGCCAGUGAUUAAAUUCAACUUUGGAAGUAUCGAUAUGGUGACU